AAUUUUGCUAGUUUUCGACAAGAUGUUACAAUACAUUUGUUUUUAAUUAUAAAUUGAUCGGUUGAAUUAUUUGUCCAGUUAUAGCGUGUUAGGAGCUAAUUGAACUAAGAAUUUAUAAGCAUUAUAUCGAAGAUUUACUCCAACAGUGGUUCCAGUCAACUGAUAGAAAUGCUCAUAACAGUUCAGUAGAUUUUGACAAACAGUGCCAUGUAUUUAAAACGACAGAUAUAAAAGAGACAGGUUUUGGAUAUAUCUUGUCGCAUACCGCAAAAUAGUUGCAUAUAUUUACAUAAAAUGAGUCGAAUCAGAAGAUGUAAAUACUCACAUGAACCUAAAGCUCCCUAAUUUGGGAUAAAAUUGAUCAAGUGUGAGACAGUUCCACUCAAAAGAUGUUGGAACUCUUCCGAAUUUUUUCGUGUGCUUUGAAAAAAUGCUAAGACUUGCUACAUGAAAAGCCCAAACCUAUCGCUGGUUAAAAGUUUUUUUUCAACACACACUCAAAAGUUUACUACGCCAAGAAUUUGGGUGAAGUAUUUUUACUGAUAUCGCAAACGCUACCAUUUUUCUGCAUAAAAUUGGUAUGUAUGAACAUCCUUGGAGUAUACUUCAAGGAUGUUUCUUGUAAUAUCACACAAUAGACGCCGACAAUCUGAAGAGUAAUCAUGUUCACUAUUAAACUAGGUUUGUGUAGAAGCUUUAUUGUUUGCUUCACUAAAAUCUAGUUUUUCUUGCAACGCAUUCACCGCUUGAUACUGCAUUCAAAACUGUUUUGUUGAACGAUCUUACAUCCACACGUUACCAAGCGUUAUACAGGUAUUGUUUCUCUUUAACACUUCUCAUAUCUUACAUCUUGAAUGUUGUUUUUGGCCAGAUAAAAUUUUCGUGUUAUAAAUGAAGUUGUUGAUCAAAAUAAAUAAGUGGUAUUUACAAACCAGAAACGGUUUGGAGGCUGAAUAUCCAUUAAAACUGUCCACUUGAGCCUGUGAUAUUCUGAAACAGAAGUCUAGAGUGAUAACAUUGGUCACUGUUAUCAGAGAAUAUGAUAUAUAUACAUAUUUGUUCACGACAUGAGAUUGAAUUAUAAUUACUUUUCAAAUGUUGUAUGCACUUAACUGAAAAUGACGUAAACUAUAGUGAAGUAUGUUUCUGUGGCAGGCUGAAAAAGCGGUAAUCCUUCAUCUCGACGUUGUUCUUUGUUCCAUCAAAUUCUCCUUGAAUUGCUAGUUGGAAUGACAAAGUGUAAGCAAGCACCAAUCUUGUGAUUUUACGAGGGUGAUCGCAUAUCUUCGACAGUUUGUUCACCUAAAGUGUAUUAAAACGAAAACUACAACCUACGAAAUGAACAUGAAAUUUAUCAUUCGUUGACACACUUCAAAACACCUGGCUUUUCAGCUGUACAAAUUGAAAACCGCAGACGCCGUGAUCCGAUGCCGUAUGUUAUUCCGUAUUUACCUUUGAUAGGAGGCUUCUUUAGACAUACCUUCAACUUGUAGAGUCUAUCAGGCAAUUACCUAAUUGUAUCCCAAAACCUUGACACUCCACGUAUACAUAUAAAUGUUGAUACAGCAUGCUUGUAAGAUACAGUACGUAGUGUUGGCUGUACAGUAGAUCAGUUAACUAGUGAAAUGAAUUCCAGUUGGGAAAAUCUGAUGCGUAUAAACCAAAUAAAUGAAUUAAUAUCUGGUAGUCGGCGAGUUGUUCAAGGGAAUGUUGACUUUCGGAUAGUUUACUGGACUGCAGCCGUUAUCAAUUUCAUUAGCUUACGUUUCUUAAGAGGUAUAUUGGUGGUUGGUGAUUGAAUUUUUGGUUUUCUGACAAUUGUGUUUACUGCGUAAAAUCACCAAUUUCCCUUUUCGAUUUUUUCAAGUGACAUGAUAGCCUGUCAUACACGUAAACGUUUUUCGUACUGACAUUGAAACGAUUUGGCAUUGAUAACUUCAAAACAAUACUGAAUCAAAGUCUUACUUAACAGCCAUAUCUGGUAUAAUCAUACCAUAACGCAAUACUACACGACUUUGCCUCCCAGAAAGAUCUAUUCCCCUUCGUAAUCUAUGCGAUCCCGAAUUUGCAGACCUUUUGCAUUUCUGUUGAAUGCGAAUAACUAUGUAUUCAGUAAUUAAUUCCGUGUAACGAAAUAAGAUUGUCCUCUCUUAACAUUCUGUACGACACUGAGCACCAUUCAUUAGGUGAAUGUCCACAAAGUUAGCAGGAUUCAUGAAUAGUUCUUCAUCGAAAAGUUACUUGCUUACUUUGAUAAGUACCUGCUUCUAACUUAAUCCACUAAUGGCUGCAAACAGUUUGUUCAUAGGCCAAAUAAUAUUUAAAAGACAGAAGUUACUUCAAAGUAACAACACAUGAGUAAACAUGAUAAAAUUUUACCACAUAUGUAUGUGGUAACAGAAUAAAGUUCUGAGAAAUGUAUUUAUAAAGGAGAACAGAUCAGGGUUUUUGACCGAUGCUUGAGUAAACAAUGACAUCAAAUAGAAUUUCAUCACAUUUAAUGCAUUGCAAAUGACAUGCUUAAAGAUAAACUCACCAACCCAUGGUCUUCAAAUAAUAGGCUAAUUACCAGGUUAAUAUCCACAUAGUUCUGUGGUAUGUAUAUUGUACCAUAAAAAUGCAGUUUCAAAUUAUGAUUUAGGAUCGAUGAAUACAAUAUUGGGGAUGACAAAUAACUCGCAAUCUUAAGAUAGAGAAUACAUUCAAAUACAUCACCGUGAUCGGUCAUGGAUUACGACACACGAACGUCCCAACUAAUUGUUUAGAUUAUGAUGUGGUCCAAAACAAUGGUCUCAUCUACCAAUAUGAACCAGACUAAUGGUCAGUAACUUCAUAGAUUGAUGUCGUUUCUCGAUCUGGCCAUCAGUGGCUCCUUCCAAUAUACUCCUAGAUUGACCGUAUUUACACAUCUAGGUAUGCGAUAACAGUGAACAAGUAAUGCCCACCUUGACUAUUCCAGUAGGUUUAAUGCAUCAUUGAUCUACCUUUAAUAUCUACGUAAUACCUUACUAUAGACCUAUAUGUCGUUCACUCCACUGUUCCACUGUGUGUCAGUAAUGCUUCAAAAGUAUCAAUAAUCAAGUUGUAUAAGUCUGUAAAUGUCUUCUACUUUCAUAGACCAGGUUUGAUGACCGCCGAAUAAUACAGGCAUACUCGCCCCUUGUUCCCCAGAAAGUCAUCUAAAAACGUCACAAGAGACGAGACUCGGCAAUUGAAGUUUCAAUAGUCGAAGAUACCACUCUUUUACCGUCAUUCAGCAUUAGAGCUUUCGCUCAUAAACAUAACUUCACGCUAUAGAGUGUAAUAAGUUAUUUGCUGAAAAAUAUUGUAACAGAUACCAAUAAGUAUAUAUAUAACUGUCUCAAUCGUAUCGAACAUUUUGGAGGAUAAUAAUUGUGACAUCGCAUGAUGAAAGAUAAAUUCAUGAGUUGUCUUUUCUUAGUGACAUUUACUGUACAUUAGCUAACUGCCUAAAUAUAAGUGCCAAUUUGUUUUUUCCCUUAUCUUUGUUCUUAUAAAAGCAUAAACCCUUCUAUGGCUUUUUUUAAAUUUAAUUAGCAUUUAUAAUGUCCACUGAUUGUUCCUCAGAAUACGACCAAUUAGAAUGCGAAUCUGUUGUAUCAACAGACGUUUGUAUGAAAACAGAUAAUCAAAUAGUUGAAAAACUCGUCCCAAAUCUGACAAAUCCAUAUAAUGAAAUGAAACGCCCAGGAUUAACGCCUUCAAUAACGGCUUAUCGAUGGAUUACAUCGCAACCAACUUUAACAAAAAGUGUAUUUAGUAAAAUUGAAUCUGAAACUACGGCACAAUGGCUAAGUAAUAGUACAACAGAUGAUUGGUUAAUGCAUAUCCCGAAAUGUUCAAUAGAAAGAUAUGAUAAGAAUUCCUUUAAGAAUUGGAAAGCUGAUUAUUUAAAACAACCACGUUCACAUGAUCAAAACAGAUUCACUACAUUGUAUUCAACUAGUUAUGAAGCCAAGCAGUUGGAUGAGCAAACAAAGAGUAGGCCUACAUCUGCUAAUCGCCGAAAUAAGCCACAGCCGUCAAGACUCUUCCUUACUUUUCAUUUACAUAAAUUGCCUAAAAACCAAGAAAAGGAUACACGAAAAGAGAUAUGAACUACUGUUCAAAUAAAUUCAUUUCACGGCAAAUUUAUGAUCAUUUCACACGCACAAAUCACAGAUUCUGUCCACUAAAAUUUGCUAACACGAUAUAAAAUCUAAUUCCAAAUAGUUUGCUAAUGAUUCUAUCGACUUAUACAAAAAA